AUGGUAAAAUUAGCCAAUUUGAGUGUAGCGCAAUUGAACACGUUAUUACGAGAAAAUGAUGUGUCGGUUACUGGAAAUAAAGCACACAAGGUGGCCGCACUGAUGGCAGCCCUUGGUACAGACGAGGUAGAGGUACAAGAAUUACCAAUAGUGGAGCCUUGGGAACAACGGUUCAGCCAACUUCAGGAGCUUGUGUUAAGUUUAGCAAAUUCAGUGGAAGCAAUAGAAGUUUCGCUAAAGCCGGCAUUGACGACACAAGAUAGCGCAGACGAUGAGCAAGCAGGAGCGUUGACAGCAACGGAGAAUGGAGCGCGGGCUCCUGAACCUUUAUCGUAUCAAGACCGACCAACACAGCGGUCUCACACACAUACAAUCACGGAAGUGGUAGGAGUUCUUCCGGAGUUCGACCCGUUGCGGAAAGUCAUGACGGCACAACAAUUUGUUAUUAAAGUUGAACAAUUGCAACCAGUUUACAAAUGGAAAAAGGAAAUAGUGCUUCUCGCGGUUCAACAUAAGUUGAAAGGAGUAGCCAAGACGUGGUUGGAGCCCGUAUUUGGAUCUUGGCAAGAGUACGUCCAAAUGUUGCUACGAGAUUUUCCAUAUACCGUAUCGUCAGCUGACAUUCACCGAGAGUUGGCAGCACGACGACGCAAGAUUAAUGAGCCUCUCAUCGAGUAUUUUUACGAUAUGUUAGCCAUCGGCAGACGUGGAGAUGUAGACGAGGAGUCUAUAAACUCCUACAUCGUAAACGGACUGAAUGACAGUGCGCUUACCCGCAUUUUAUUGGCAAUGAAUGUGCGCACUACCAAUGAAUUAAGACAGUCGCUUGAGAAUUUGCGAAUAUCGACGCAAGGUGGUGGACAACGCACUACACUGGGUGUAAAUUCAACGGACGUCAGCAACGGAGCAGCAGAAAAUAAGGGUAAGCGUGUAAAAUGUUAUAACUGCAAUGAGUUUGGGCAUAUAGCGGCAAAGUGCCCCCAACCUCAGAAGAAGCCACGAUGUAGCAAGUGCUCUAAAGUGGGGCACGACGCUCGUAAGUGUUCAGCCAAUUCGAAACAUACGGUUGCCAAGAUUGAUGGCAACAAUGGUGUGCAGCAACAGGUUCCGCCCAUAAUAGAAGAAGUUGAGUGUGAAGGCAGUAAGCAUAAGGCCUUGAUAGACACCGGUAGUGAUCAUUCGCUAAUAAGGAAAUCAGCAACGGUGACGAAGGCGAACCAUUUGCCGACAUAUCAACGAUUAAAGGGGUUUGGAGGUUCUACGGUUGAGGUUUUGCGUGUUAUAAAUACGCAAAUGAAGUUAGCAGACAAGGUUGUCAGUGCUAAGCUGUAUGAGGUACCAGAUAGAAUGCUCAACUGUGAUAUGUUACUGGGAAGGGAUGUACUGUGUGGUCAUGAUCGUCGGCUGAUCAUUGAUUCGGGUUCGAUGAUGUUGCAAAUUAAAAGCGGGACACAGUUUAACGUCAGCAAGGUUCUACCGCAGCAGAAACAGCAGGAAGUGCUUAAAUUAUUAAAUGAGUACGGCCAAUGUUUUUCCGAAGGAAUUUCCACUCUGGGAAGGUCCAGAACUACAACAAUGGACAUUGGUGUUACAACAGAAAGCUCUAUAGUAGGUAAACGGUACCAGGUACCAUUUGCAAAGCAAUGCGAGCUAUCGAGAAUAUUAAGAGAACUCUUGGACAAUGACAUCAUUCGACGUAGCACAUCACCACACGCCGCUUCUGUAGUGUUGGUGACAAAGGCCAAUGGAGAGAGUAGGAUGUGCGUAGAUUACCGCGCGUUGAAUGCGGUUACCGUUAAAAAACAUUUUCCAAUGCCAGUGGUUGAGGAGCAGUUAGCUAAGUUAAGCGGCGGAAAAUUUUUCACUACUUUGGAUAUGACCAGUGGAUAUUAUCAGGUUCUGUAUGAGCAUAACGUGAUGCCGUUCGGGCUAGUCAAUGCACCUAUGGUAUUCCAAGAAAUGAUGGUGCGCAUGGUGUAG